AUGUCCCCUCUCUGGGGUUUACGGCAUAACGGCCAGGAAGAAGGCCGGGAAGACUUUGCUAGCGAGACUGAAAAUCCAGGGAGAAGAUCGCAGGAUGCAGAUGAAAGGACCCGUCUCUUGCCCGGUGAACGGAAUGGAUAUCUUCAUCCUGAUGAUCCCGCUGUAUCACCAUAUAAUCUAUGGAGUGUUCGGGCGCUUCGAGGGUUCACCCUGACGGUGCUGUUUAUAUCGCUCCUCUGGUGGAUCAUACUGCUCGUUUCGAUCUUCGUCAGUCCUCCUGGAAUGAGCAAUCGAGGGUCAGGAUUCUUCGAUUUCGCGUACACCACUCUGACGAUAUCCAACCUCCUCAUUGCGUUGAUAUUCUUCUCCAUUCCAUCAACGCCGAUGACGAUAUGGGCAAGUGCCUUGUCGGUGCUCCUGAGCGUCAGCCUGUUCGUCACGCUUGGUAUCCCACGCCUUCGGGUGGAAGAAGGCUGGGUAGGCAUUGCAUCAGUAGCAUGGGCAAUGCUUAUUUCCCUUUACCUAGUAGCUCAGACCCAGCUGGUGGCUCGCGGAAAGAGGGAAGAAGAAGAGAGGCUCACUGGCCGAGAGGAGACUCGUCGAUCACUCGGAGAGUGGCUCGCGGUUCUUCUUCAGGUGAUAAUCAUGGCAGUUACUGUCCUCGUCGCCAUCCUGUUGAUGUCGACAUUGAGCCUGCGCGCAAAGGAUGCCACACUGCCAGCCCCUGGACAAAAGUACUACGUCGACGGCAACAAGUAUCAAGUCCACCUUCACUGCAUUGGCGAACAUUCUACCUCUCAUGGUGGUAACGAUACGACCCCAGUGACAGUCCUACUGGAAGGAGGAGAGUAUCCAGUGGAACAUACCUUCCAAGGCUGGGUCGACGAUGCGUAUCAACAUGGUAUAAUUAAACGAUACUGCUACUGGGACCGUCCAGGAUUCGCGUGGUCAGACAACGCACCCUCCCCCCAUUCAGCCGGCAUGUCUGCAGACGCCCUUUCGGAGGCUUUGGCAAUGGCUGAUGAAGAUGGCCCAUGGGUUGUCGUCUCAGCCGGCGUCGGCGGUAUAUAUAGCCGCAUCUUCGCCAGCCGUCAUAUUCGCGACGUCAAGGGUAUUAUGCUCGUCGAUACGCUGCAUGAGGAUCUGCUGCAUACCUUAGGCAAACCCAGUCGAGGGCUAAAGCUCUGGGUAUGGGGCAUCCUCUCGCCAUUAGGACUCGACAGAUUGGCUGGCGCAAUUUUCAAGGGACGAACCCGCGUAGAUCGAGUCUACGGCAUACGCGCCUACCAAUCAGGCAAAUUUAUCAAGGCGCAGCUACAGGAAAGUUUGGUCGCUGAUUCCAUCACCAGCAGCGAAAUAUCCAGCGCCCGCCACAUCCAGAGCCCAUCCACGCCGUUGGUGGUCGUCAGCUCAGGAAGAGAGGUACGAAAGAGCCAGACCUGGGCCGAGAAGCAGGAGGAUUUGACCAAGAUCACGAAGAACCUCGUUGCAUGGGACGUUGUCAAGGGAGCGCCACAUGAGGUUUGGGACACGCUCGAUGGAAGAAAGGCGCUAGAGAAACGACUGGACGAGCUGAUGAAGGCGAUCAAGGCUUGA